AUGUUCACUUUUUCCUUUCUUACCACCGCCAAGCUGGCCUUGAGUGAGCGAGGUCAGCUCAACAAUACCAGAAACAUCAAACACAGACAGUCGCUUCCAGUUAAGAUGCUCAGCGCUGACGGUACUUCAACCGCUUUUGGCCUCACUUUUCGAGAGCACGAUAAUCGCCAAAUGCAGUACAUCCUGCGCGCACACUCCCGACUACCUGAUGGUCCUGCAGCCAGACCUGUACUUUACUUAGCCCUUACGAACCUCGAGACUUCGCUCCCUCCUGAAGAGGCGCAGAAGAUUCGCGAAUGGCUUCGAGAUGGUGGCGUUCGGAGCGAUUUCCCUGGCCCGUCAGCGGCGCAAGACCCGCCUAUUGAUGGAAGCACCUUGUGGGCGCCUACACCUAUGGCUACUCCUCUUACUUUCCUGCCUCAUAACCUCCCAGUUGCCCCUCCUGGUCAGCUCUCACGUGCAGCGUCUGAUGUUUCGUUUGAGACUGAUCACGAUGAUCAUCUGGACAACGAUGUUGCUAGCCAAGUGAGCGACGAGACUGAUCCCAAAGAGGUGGACGGUAAAUAUGACAAGGAGGAUAUCGAUAUGGAUAGUGAGAGCAAAGAGGACUUAGAAGGCACAUAUGACAUUGCCAAUCAAGCUGCCCCGAUGUCUGCGCCAAUGGGAUCUAAACACAAGCAGAAAUUCGUGUCAAAUUCACACGUUCCCGAGGGUUGGAAGCACUGCUCCAUUUGUAUUAAUGACUAUGCCCCCGAUGACUUCCCGGAAUCCGGAAAUAUCACCUCUACUUGCGAUCAUUAUUACGAACAACUAGUCUGCAUCAACUGCAUUCGACGCACCAUUGGAAUAGCUCUCAGCCGGGGCGAAUUUAAUAGGAUCCCCUGA